CGUUUGUGUCAACUCUCAGAGAUGUUUGGCGGCUUUUAACUGAGGCUACCACGUGGAUGCCAAAAGACUGAAGAGACUUCUAGUUUCUAUUUGAUGAAGAGAAUGGCUUCUAGCAUGGAUACCAGUUCAUUAAUACAGGUAGCUGUCAGUGGGGACUCUAACCUGGGAGAACCGGGUGCUAAAAAACCACGUACCUCCAAUGGGGUUGUCGAAAGUUCACCAAAACCUGCAGUGUUAGCUGCUAAGCCCAAGACAAGCAAAGAUUACUAUUUUGACUCGUACUCGCAUUUUGGAAUCCAUGAGGAGAUGCUAAAAGAUCAAGUUCGGACCUUAACAUAUCGAAAUGCUAUAUACCACAACAGACACCUUUUCAAGGGGAAGGUAGUGCUGGAUGUUGGGUGUGGUACUGGGAUACUCAGCAUGUUUGCUGCCCGUGCUGGAGCAGAGCAUGUGUAUGGGAUUGAUUGCUCUAGCAUCAUUGAUCAUGCCAAAGUGAUAGUGAAAAACAAUGGGCUCGAAAAUGUGGUAACAAUGAUCCAUGGCAAAGUCGAGGAGGUAGAUCUCCCAGUGGACAAGGUGGAUGUUAUCGUGUCUGAGUGGAUGGGAUACUGCCUCUUCUACGAGUCCAUGUUGGACACAGUCAUAUUUGCUAGGGAGAAGUGGCUGAAACCUGACGGUGUUCUUUUCCCGGAUAAAGCUAGUCUCUACAUGGUUGCUAUUGAGGACAAAAAAUAUAAAGAUGAAAAAAUUCACUGGUGGGACAGUGUUUAUGGAUUCAACAUGAGCAGUAUAAAGACUGUGGCGCUGAAAGAGCCCCUUGUAGAUGUUGUGGAACCACAGCAAAUUGUCACCAAUGCUUGUCUCAUCAAGGAAGUUGAUUUGUACUCUGUUACCAAGGAGGAUCUCAAUUUUUCUGCUCCCUACCAGCUGACUUCUAAUAAGAAUGACUACAUCGAUGCACUUGUUACUUACUUUACUGUGGAGUUCACCAAGUGUCACAAACGAACUGGAAUUACUACUUCUCCUGAGGCCAGGUACACCCACUGGAAACAGACGGUGUUUUACAUUAAUGAUUGCAUCACUAUAAAGGAGGGUGAGCAACUGUCAGGCGUUCUCACUAUGGCACCCAACAAGAGCAACAAUAGAGAUUUGGACUUUACCAUCACCUACAAUUUUGAUGGGGCUUUGAUGCAACUUAGCUCAACACAGGAGUACCAUAUGCGAUGAACUAGUAUAAUUAUACCUGCUGUAUAGUAGUAUGUAAUACAAUACCUAUGUCUUGCACUUUCAGUAAUGUUUUGAGCAAUGUUCAACGUAAUUGUCAAUGAAAACAUUUUGGUAUGAGAAAA